AUGGGACCCCGGACAAAAGAAAAGGAUUUAAAUUUGUUUAUAUUAUUAUACAAACAUAAUUUUAAUUUUAAAAUUUUAAAAAGUUCUGCCUCAAAAAAAAAAGAAUUUUGUGAAGACUCUAAUGAUAUUACAAAAGAGUGUGAUGAUCAUUAUGAAAAUUUAAAAAAAAAAAAUGAAAUGUCAUAUGGGAAAGAACAAAUAAAUAUUGUUAAUAAUAAUAUUAAUAAGAAUAAAAUAAAGUAUACACACAUAUUGAACAAUACAAAUAAUUUAAAUGAUUUUAUAUGUAGUGAAGAAAAAAAUGGGAAAGAUAUUAAGAGUGAUAUUUUUUUCCAUAACGAUUUCUUAAUAUAUAAAAAUAUUAAAACAAAAGUGUGUCAUAAUAAAAAAAAUGAAAUUAAAUUUAUAUCGAAACAUUUUUUUUAUCAUUUAAAUAAAUACCAUAAAAAUAUUGUAAAUUCUUUUUUUAAUGAAUGUUUUUAUAAAUAUACAAAAACAUCUAAAAUAUUUUUUGGAGUAUUAUUAAGUUUUUCUAUUUUAUUAAGUUUAUUUUUAGUCACCUCAUCAAAUUUUUUAGAAUAUAAUAUAAUUUUAAAAUAUCAUAUAAAAUUUCAUUCAUUACUUUUUGCAUUUUUCUCAUCAUAUUAUUUGGGAUUGCAAAUAGCUAAUUAUUAUUUUAUAAAUAAUAUUCAUAACUUUUUUAGUAGUUUUUUUUUUCUUACUUCUAUUAGCUCUAUAUAUUUAGCUGACUAUUACAUAUGGGCAUCUUAUUAUUUUUUAAGUUUCAAUUAUUUCAUUUUUUUAUUAUUUAAUUAUUAUAAUAUGUAUUAUCUAAAUGUAAUACCAAAAUUUAUAUUUAAAAAUGUAAACAGAAUUUUUUUGUUUUCUCUUUUCUCUAAUUAUCUAGCCAUAAAUAAAGGAAAGUUCAUAGAAAAAAAUAUCGAUUUCUUGAAAAAUGAAGAUACCAAUAUAUCUUUUGGGGGGCUCUUUAAAAUUUUACCAUAUUUUUUAUAA